AUGCGAGGUAUGGAAUCACACCAGACUUCCGUACGCAAAAGACGCAAUCGCGAGCAUCACAAUUCUAGAAACGGCUGUCUUCAAUGCAAAGCACGCAAGGUCAAGUGCGACGAAGAAAAACCCAAGUGCCGAAGCUGCACUCGGAGAGCUACACCCUGUACAUACACCAACAACAUUGGCUUAAAUCAUCUCGCGCGAGCGGCGCAGGUAUCUUCGCCAUACAACAAGCCCGAGCCAAGCUCCACCUUCGCACCCGUACCAUACAACCAUGGUGAUUUCAUAUCCAAUGGGAACAAUCUUCUCCAGGCGGACGGCUCAUUGUAA